AUGAGCCCAGCACCCCCUCCCAGCUGGGGGAUGCACGGACACCUCAUGGAUGACGAGCGUCCCCUCUUCAGCACCUUCAAGCCCGUCGGUGAGGACAGCACAGCCAGAGCCAAGCCGGCAGCCAGCACAGCCCCCACCCAUGCCCCGGGGGCAGAGCAGCCACCGGGACACCCCAGCAGCCGUGGCAGGGUGCCUGCAGGCCCCUGGUCACCUCCACCAGCCCAGCCCCUGCCUGAGGAGGACCCGUGGCCGGAGAGGGCGGCCCUGCGUGCCCAGACCAGGCUGUGGUUUGAGCAGACACAAGCCCAGAGGUUGGGGCCCGAGGGGGAGCUCCCACUGUGGUUCCACGGCUUCAUCAGCAGGAGGCAGGGGGAGGAGCUGCUGCAGGAUCAGCCCCUGGGCUGCUUCCUGGUGCGCUUCAGCGAGAGCACCGUCGGCUUUGUGCUCUCCUACAGGUGAGGGACCCAGCCCACGGGAGGGGCUGAUGAGCUUGAUCCCCUCCUGGCUGCUAUGCCCACCCCAUGCCAUGCCAC